CAAAUGUGCCUGGGGAGGUUACCGAGAGAGAAAAGGGGCGCACAAAAAACGCGCGCGGAGUAAAUUAACAACAUCCCUAAAACUUUUCUCAGUAGUACACUACAUCCGAGAAAAUUUAUAAUGUGGAUUAUCUUAUCGGUCAGUGUUCUGUUGACCACACAUAGUUUAUUUGUCUGGACAGCUUACCCCUUUACAUUCAGCGAGCGCGAAUGCAGGGACCUGUUUCCGGAGAGAAUUGGAAAGGACUCUCUUUCCGAUCACGCAAACCAUGAUCUGCCUUUUGAAAUUGAGCCUUCGGACUCUAUUUAUGGAAUUUCACCUAAUGGCAUACACGUAACUGUAAAAGCGGUCAGUAAAUGGCGGAUAAAAGGAAUAAUAAUGCAGGCGCGUGUAACAGGCAACUGUGAAACCCCUGCACAGCAGCAUCCAGUGGGACAUUUUGAGACCAAGGAGACCUCUGUUCUUAUGUCGGCGAAUUGCUCAUCAGGCCACCAGUUCGAAACUAUUACCCAUAAAACAUACCCCCUUGACAAAGACAAUUUCAUCAUUCGGUGGUUUCCUCCGGAGAAAACAACAGCAAAUAUCUAUUUUGUCGCCACGAUAGUGUCCGGAAAAGACGAGUUUUGGACUGGCAUCGCAAGUCAUGUGAUUAGACACAAAGACCAGAAAUUAAAACGGAGUGAGACUCCCUGUCCCAUGCGAAACAGCACGAACACUGACGGAGGAACCUACGAGGCACACAGCGGCGCUUGUCAGUUUCAUCAAUCCGUGUAUCUGACGACUAGUUUCAUCGUGGCUGUCAUUUUGGUGGCCAUUGGCUGUAAAUGAA